UUUACAAAGGUUUCUAUGCUUAGUCUGCUCUCCAGUGCUUUAGCAUUGCCGGAUGUGCUAGACUUCACUUCCUACAAUGCGCAUGCGCCCGGCAAGGCAUGCUGGGAGUUGAAGUCCGCCGAGCCUGGCCCGGCUGCGCUGUGUCUUCCGGCGCCCUCUGCCGGCCACGCGCAGCUGGAAGAGGAAGGAAGCGAAGCCGCUUCCGCACAGCGGCUGCUGCCCGGACAUCGCCUCGCCCGAAGCCGCGUCCCUGCCCGGAAGAGCCGCCGCCGCCGCCGAGAUGCCGGUGAGGGGAAGGGGCAACCGGCCCGAGGGUCGCCUGGAGGGGCUGCCGCUUGCAAGGCGGGCCAGGCCUAUCAUUCCACUUUGAUGGACCCCGACACCAAACUCGUGGGGAACAUGGCUCUGUUGCCGAUCAGGAGUCAGUUCAAAGGACCAGCUCCUCGUGAAACGAAAGAUACGGAUAUAAUUGAUGAAGCCAUCUACUACUUCAAAGCCAAUGUCUUCUUUAAAAAUUAUGAAAUCAAGAAUGAGGCUGACAGAACCUUGAUCUACAUCACUCUCUAUAUUUCGGAGUGCUUGAAAAAGUUACAGAAGUGCAAUUCCAAAGGCCAGGGGGAAAAAGAAAUGUAUACUUUGGGCAUCACCAAUUUCCCGAUGCCUGGAGAACCGGGAUUCCCACUGAACGCUCUUUACGGCAGACCCAGCAGCAAGCAGGAAGAAGAGGUUAUGCGAGGAUAUUUGCAGCAACUGAGGCAAGAAACCGGCUUGAGGCUUUGCGAAAAGGUCUUUGAUCCCCAGAGUGACAAACCCAGCAAGUGGUGGACCUGUUUUGUGAAAAGGCAAUUCAUGAACAAAAGCCUGUCAGGACCAGGACAGUGAGGGCAGCGGCUGGAUCUUUGGUUAUAAGCGCUCUGUUCCCAGGGAGAGUCAGAUAAUAUUGCUUCUAAUAUUUGUACUGAAAGAGAAAAGGUGUCUCUGGAUGCAACGCCACUGAUGGGAGGAAGGAUGGAGCUAAAAAAAUCAUGUGCAAUGUUUGUCAAGCUUGAUAAUAAUAAUAAAAACAAAAGUUCUUUCUAA